GGUACAUAUUUUAAGGCACAUACAUAACACAGCCACUCUGAGAUUCAGAGUGAAGGGCGGCUUACAAAUCCAAUAGCUUCUUCUUCUUCUUCUAACUGCGGCUUUAGCUGUAUGCCAGAAGAAACUUCAUGAGCUUUUGUCUACCUGUCAGUUGUUAAAGCACAGAAAAAUGAGGGGGAAACAGGGAAAGAGCCUGGAAAAGGUUACGUGCUUUUUAAAAACGCUGCUUUCCUUCACCGUCCCUGGAAAGCAAGGGCCGCUUCUUCAGGUCCCCCUUUCCCUUCCUUUGCGUGGAGGUAGGCCUACUCGAACCCGUCAGGCUUUAGGGCCUUCUCAUUUGUGGGGAAAGCGAGCGGGCCUCCGGCUCUGCCUGCCGCCGAAGCUGCAAGGAGAAGCAUGGCAGCCGCCGCAGGAGGUGGAGCUAAGCCCUGACCGGCGAGCAUCAAAACAGAGGCACAUUAUUGAGGGGCCUGAAUGAGCUUUUCCCCGGCCCCCCUCCUGCCGUCUCCUUUCGCUCGGCUUUGCUGGAGGGCUUGCGUGGGCUCGUCUGCUCAAACGCGGAUCUCCAUGCAGCCACCUGUCUGGUUUGUGUGAGAGGCAGAAAGGAGAACCCCUGCGGAGAGAUCCCGUCGCCAUGGAGUACAUCAGGCUGCCCAAGGUGGAAAAUGUCCGCUUAAUUGAUGGAACAUCUUCCAAACGGGCAGCGUUAGGAACCCUGUAUCUAACUGCUACUCAUGUAAUCUUCGUGGAAAAUGAAUCUGAUGCUCGUAGAGAGACAUGGGUUCUUCACAGUCAAAUCUCCUCUAUCGAGAAGCAAGCUACGACUGCUACUGGUUGCCCUUUGCUGAUUCGCUGCAAGAACUUCCAGAACAUUCAGUUUAUCAUGCCUCAGGAAAGGGAUUGUCAUGAUGUUUACAUAUCUCUAAUACGUCUGGCACACCCAGUGAAAUAUGAAGAAUUGUACUGUUUUUCUUUCAACCCCAAAUUAAACAAAGAAGAGCGAGAACAAGGGUGGAAAUUGAUCAACCUAAAAGAAGAAUAUCAUCGGAUGGGGGUCCCAAAUAACUAUUGGCAGCUCAGUGAUGUCAACAGAGAUUACCGAGUGUGUGACUCAUACCCCACUGAAGUGUAUGUGCCUAAAUCUGCCACUGCCCAUAUCAUUGUGGGAAGCUCUAAAUUCCGGAGUAGGAGGCGUUUCCCAGCACUUUCCUACUACUACAAGACCAAUAAUGCUUCCAUAUGCAGGAGCAGCCAGCCUCUAUCAGGUUUCAGUGCUAGAUGCCUUGAGGAUGAACAGAUGCUCCAGUCUAUCAGGAAGGCCAACCCAGGAAGUGAUUUCAUAUAUGUUGUCGAUACACGGCCCAAACUCAAUGCCAUGGCAAACAGAGCAGCUGGGAAGGGCUACGAAAAUGAAGACAAUUACUCCAACAUCAAGUUUCAGUUCAUUGGCAUUGAGAAUAUCCACGUCAUGAGGAGUAGUCUCCAAAAAAUGCUAGAAGUUUGUGAGCUGAGAUCUCCUUCAAUGAAUGACUUCCUCUGGGGAUUGGAGAAUUCAGGCUGGCUAAAACACAUCAAAGCUAUCAUGGACGCUGGCAUCUUUAUUGCAAAGGCUGUAGCUGAAGAAGGAGUGAGUGUUCUUGUUCACUGUUCUGAUGGAUGGGACCGGACUUCUCAGGUUUGCUCUGUAGCAAGCCUUCUGCUUGAUCCAUUUUAUAGAACUAUGAAGGGAUUUAUGGUAUUAAUUGAUAAGGACUGGGUUUCAUUUGGUCAUAAAUUUAACCACCGGUAUGGCAAUUUAGAUGGCGACCCAAAGGAAAUCUCUCCAGUUAUUGACCAGUUCAUCGAAUGCGUGUGGCAGCUAAUGGAACAAUUUCCUUGUGCCUUUGAAUUCAAUGAAAGGUUCCUAAUCCACAUACAGCACCACAUCUAUUCCUGCCAAUUCGGGAAUUUUCUGUGCAACAAUCAGAAAGAGAGACGAGAGCUGAAAAUUCAGGAACGGACAUAUUCGCUUUGGGCUCAUUUGUGGAAGAAUCGUGCUGAUUAUAUGAAUCCUCUGUAUAGGGAAGACCAUAACAGGACUUUGAGUCCACAGUCGGCUCCUUGGCAUUUUGUUUACAAGUUCUGGAGUGGGAUGUACAACCGUUUUGAAAAAGGUUUGCAUCCUCGGCAAUCUGUGACUGAAUACCUUAUGGCGGUAAAGGAAGAAACACAGCAAUUAGAAGAAGAGCUGGUCGACCUAGAAGAGAGAUUGGCAAAGCUUACCAAGGUGCGAUUAAAUCAUUGCGAGAAAACACAGCAACAAAAUGGAAUCGAUGGGUUACAACUUUCUACCUCUAACGACAGCAUAGCGAACACCCCCCAGGAUUAUAUCGGUAAUCUGAAGUCAUUUCCCUCUCGGAGUUCUUCUCAGGGAGAUGAAGAAGAUUCAGCUCUGAUUCUUACACAAGAUAACCUGAAAAGCUCCGAUCCAGAUCUUUCAGCCAACAGUGACCAGGAAUCGGGUGUGGAGGAUAUGAGCUGUCGGUCCCCGAGUGGUGGAGGUUGUUUGCCCAGUGAAGAGAGCACCAAAGAUCGUGAUUCAGAUGAAGCGGUUUGUCUCACUGUCUGAAACAGCAGCUGGCCAGCAGGUGAUAAGACUGUUUUAGAAAAAAGAUUGUCCAAAGAAAGGGAGUUGUGCAAUCGUGCAGUUUAAUAAAAAGCCAGAUGGAAUGAAGUUGUAAGAUAGAAUGUCAGAAUGGGAAAUCAUCUCUUCAGAUAUACAACAUCCAUGUCUUUGCUGAAUUACUUCAUCUUCCCUGGAUCCUUUGCAGAGCUGUACAAAAUGAAAGCUUUAUAUUUAACUUACAACUAUUUAUUCGUAUUAUGGUUUUAAUGUGUUUUCCAAAAGGUUCAAGGGAAACAUUCACUGAUAUAAAUCAUGCCAAAAAAAGGCCGUCUGAAAAUACUGAAAUCAAGAAAAUGGUUAGAAUAUUUCCUCUUGAUUUUUCAGUUUUUGAUUAGAAAAAUAUUAGCAGAUUUAGUAGUCAUUAAAUUUUUUUUUGCAAAAGGUAAAACACUGAAUCAAUUUAAACUUUCCGGGAUUUAUCUUAUUAGCUGUUGAGAUAUUGCCAAUUUUGUACCUACACUAUAAGCAUGUCUCUAUUUUGUAACACUGAGGCUUCCUCAAAGAAUCCUAACAGUUAAAUCAUGAAGGCACCAACAACAGAUCUGUCAAAGAUCCCUGAGCACCCCUACAGAACUACAUUUCCUGGGGGGCCAAGGGAAUGAAUAAUUAACUUAAACAGAUGUGUAAAAAUACUAAUAUUGCUAUAAGGAGGAAAAUACCAAUAUAUAUACACACAUACACCUGACUUUCUUAUCACUCUUCUCCUACCUGUACGUGGUGCUUUUCUCGUGCAUUAGGAAGGAAGAUUCUGUACCACCUCAUUUGCCAUUUUGUAGGUUCGCCUACACACCUUGUGAAGGCCUUUAAAUGCCAUUGCAUUAGAAUUUAGCAAACUUUCCAGAGAUUUCUAAUGCUGUCAAACUAUUACGUUUGUAAAUUGAUGUGACUUUUAAAAAAUAAAUCCUAUACAUAUA